AUGUUGGUAUAUGGCACUGAAGCUGUGAUACCCGCAAAGGUUAAAAUACCAUCUUUAAGGGUCAUUCAAGAGGAAAAAUUGGAUGGCGCAAAAUGGAUAUGGGUCAGAAAGGAGCAACUCAUGCUCAUCAAGGAGAAAAGAAUGGAUUCAGUAUGCCAUGGUCAUCUAUAUCAUAACAGGAUGGACAGUGCAUUUAACAAGAGAGUGAAACCUCGCCAAUUCACGCCGGGGAAGUUGGUCUUGAAGAAAAUCUUUCCCCACCAAGAAGAAGCCAAAGGAAAGUUCGCACCAAACCAACAAGGUCCUUACGUGGUUCACCGAGCACUAUCGGGUGGAGCUCUAAUCUUGGCAGAAAUGGAUGGAAGAAUCAACACGAAGCCCAUCAACUCAGACGCAAUUAAGAGAUAUUAUGUUUGA